AUGGCGCCUGCCUCGUCUACCUCGAGCGACAGCAGCUCGAGCCGGUCGACCUCCCCCGAGCCGGGCCACAAACAAACCCCGGCCGUUAAAGCAGCGAACAAAGUCAAGGAUGUGAUUGAAGCAGAGUCGUCGGAAUCUUCCGAAUCAUCGGAUUCCUCCGACUCAGACUCUGGCUCUGGCGCUAGUUCAGAUUCAGAAAGCAAUUCUGGCAGCUCAAGCGAAAUGGACACGGGAGAUGAUGCGACAGGAGAUUCUACGCCCGCAAAGAAGAUUCACAUUCCCGGACCAAACCAGCCCUACAAACCCCCGUCCGGCUUCAAGUCCGCUAAGAAGCAAGCACCUCCAUCAUCAGGCGCAUCCGCGAUUCUCUCCAAUUUGCGGGGCAAGCAGGUCUAUCACAUUACCGCACCAUCAUCCAUCCCGCUCUCUAAGGUGAAGGAGAUUACAAUGUCCAAGGUCUUGAAGGCGGAUUCAAUCAAUGAGAAUGAUCCUGAGGGUAAAACCUUGCUUGUAUACGAUGAAGCCAGUCAGACCUACCAACACAAGGCGGAUCAUAUCCAAAGCUUCCACGUGCAGGAGUUGAUAGGCUUACCGAAGGAAGCCGUCGAAUCAAACGAGGCGGCGAUUGAGACACUGCGCCAUUAUGUGAAGCCACCACGUCCGCAGCCCAAGGGCAUGAAGAUGCGUUUCCGUCCCGUCGGAAGUCUCCCCAGUGCCCCGGAAACUCUCGGAGCUAGCUCAGAAUCCGAAUCUGAAGAGCCGCGUCCACAGAUCUCCUCUGACAAAAAGGAGAAAGAGCGCAAGCGAAAGCACCACCAUACUGAGGCAGAUGCCUCUCAGGCUAUCGCCGAGCCUCGGAAAAAGUCAAAGAAGUCCCAAAAAGAUCGCGAAGAGAAGAAGCGGAAGAAAUCUGAAAAAGCAUAA